AUAAAAUUUAAAAUAUAAUUGUUUAAUAAUCAAUUAAAUUACACUAUAACGUAUACCUUGCUAAAAUAUGGAGCAAGAAUAUUCGCAAAUUGUGUACAAUCUACAAUUUAGCGAUUUUUUGAAACAUGUUGAAUUAACUGAUGAACUUAUGAGUUUAUUAAAAAGUCACCCAUGCUCUUAUAUGCUACAUGACAUAAAGAAACUUGAAAACAAAGGUGAAAUGAAAGUGCGAAUAUUUUCCGUAUUCGCAAAUGAGCGAGAUAAUUGUGACAAACUGGCCGAUAUACUAGAUAAGUCAAAGCAAAAAAUAGCCGCGGAUAAACUACGUAAAUUCAACAAGACCGAAACACUAAUGGAGUACGUUAACGAUAUUGAAUUGAGCGUGGCAGUUUCAAUUUCUAAAAGAUCGGACACUACCCAUACAUUCAAAAUGGAUUCUAAUCCCAGGGGAAAGGCAUUGAUAAUUGUCAACAUACCGGAGCUAAUGAACGAAGCUAAGCGAUUUGAGUUCAUUUUGACCAAGUUGCUUUUUGAUGUUCAACCAAUUUGUGCGCUUAAAUCAAGUAAAGAGAUUGAUAAGGUGUUGGAUGACCUAGCUAAUGAAACACAUGAUGGUGAUGCAUUUUUCUUGAUGUUCAUUGGCCAUGGUUACCAGGAUAAAAUUCGUGGCUACGGUGGUGAUAGUGCUAAAGUUAACGAUUAUAAGCGUAUGUUCAUAAUCUACUCGUGCGCUAAAGGUUCGUUGACACUACUGCGAUUAGAGCAAGAUUUAGAAACGGACAAGGUGAAUGUUCCCGAAAUUCAAAUACCGGACUAUAAAAAGGAUCUAUAUUUCAACCCAGGAAUCUAUAAUUCAACAAGCGAAAAUUAAGGAUUGUAUAAUGUUUACAAUAAAGUUUUAGUUUAAGUUUAAAA